UAUCAUAUCAGCUGUUGCUGUUAGACCUGUGUUUACUUUUAUUUUGUUUACCUAUGCAUUUUUCCGGGUAAAAUGAAUGAACGCGCACACAGAGCGUUCAUGCUGAACUUCUUUUUGGACGAAGGUCUGGGCCCACAGCUGGCCGAGGCCGUGCGACUGGCUACAGCUGAAAGUACAUUAAGUGUGCUACAUACAACGAAUGAAGUGGAUAAGGAUAAACAAGAAAUUCCACGAUUUUUGGAUGAUCAAUUCAAGGAACAGUUUCGCAUGAAGCGCAGCAGCUUUGAGUUGUUACUGCAGGCUGUGGGUAAAGCAAUAGCAGGGGCGGAACACCACCAGCCGAUAGCGCGAGUAUCGCUGCCAGAGAAACUAUUAUACACCCUAACACUCCUGAGUGGCAACAAAUCAUUUCGCGAAGUGGGUGAAUCGUUUGCAAUAUCCAAGAGCUCUGGGCACGAGAUAUUCAAAUGGGUUACAUCAGGCUUCGCAGCAUUGAUGCCUUGCUAUGUGAAGUGGCCAAAGGAUAAUGCGUGUGGCAUUAAGUGCAGUCAACUACCUGGAGUAGUGGGUGUCAUCGACGAGUGUCGCAUACCACUAAAACUGCCCGUGCGCGAGGAGCAGGGGCAUAUGCAGUACGCCUCGCUGGCACUCCAGGCAGUUUGUGAUGAGCGGAGUCGCUUCCUUGAUGUGCACAUUGAUGUGCCCGACAAUCAGUGUUCCGUGCUGCUGAAGAGCGAACUGUUUGAAAGAUUAAUUGACAUGGAAGAACCGCUGAUGCCGGCGGAUAAGCAUCUCGUGGGUGAAAUGACCUACCCCUUGCUGCUCAAUUUGAUGACACCGUACGCGGACAACAAUGGGGAGUUAACGCCUUGUCACAUACGCUACAAUCAGGCUAUACAUUUGUGGAAUGCGCCCGCCGAGCGUGCCUUCACGGCCUUGAUGUCUCGCUUUAGACGACUGAAGUCUUUAGAUGUGGGGACAAUGGAAGUGGCCAGCAUUGUUGUCGCGGCCGCAUGCAUGCUGCAUAACUUUAUCUUGGAUUGUGGCGAGCCCAUUGAAGAUUCCACGUUGGACUGUGAGCUGCUGCCCGAGAAUCAAAAUUCGAUUGUGUUCGAAGAGCAUGGAUUAGUGAACUGGGACCAUACGGCAGCUGCAGAAAAGAAACGCGAUGGUCUGGUAGCUGGCUUUAUACAGUCAUAGUAUAUACGCAUGUAGUUCUAUAUGGAACAAUAUAUAAUA